CUGGGAGCCUUUUUAACUGGACAGGCUCAGACCAGGCCCAACUGAGUGAACUCACUCGGUCAUGGAGUUUCUCCUCUGAGUUGUUUAGGGAAAAGAAACGAGCUCUUUCGGUCUCCCUUUCCCUUUCCAAAUUAAGUCUCUGUUUUCUUGAUUUCUUACAAGAAUGAAAAAUUGAGUCUUUUUAGCAUAAAGUAGUUGCAUUUGAUAUAUUUAAUGGCAAAAGCCUUAUUCUUUCAUAGCUUAAAAAGAGCAGCUUCUUCUCUUCUCAAGCCACCAUCUUCAUUUCUCAGGCCAAUUUUACAAGCACAUGAAUCAAUUUUGAUUCAAUCAAGACAGAGAAUUUCACAAAACUUGAUAAACCCUUCAUGGGGUUUUAGAAAUGUGAGUCAUGGAAGAGUGAACUUAGUGAUAUCACAAGGAAAACCCAAGUUUGAAACACAUGAGGCUGACCCUCCAAAGAAAGAGAAGUGGAUGACAAAGAAGAGAUUGAAGUUGCAGAGAAAGAAAGAGAAGGAGAAGAGAAAAGCUGCUAAUAGAAAGGACCCGCGUUCGCUUACAGUUAAGAGGAAGAAGGGGCAGAAAUUUGCCAAUGUAGAAGAGAGGAUUAAGACCAAACUUGAGAGGGCCAGAAUCAAGGAAGCUAAGCUGGUUGAAAGACUCAAGCGGUAUGAAGUUCCUAAAAUGCAGGGACCUGAAGUCAAACCACAUGAACUGACUGGCGAGGAGCGUUUUUUCAUGAAAAAGAUGGCCCAGAAAAAGUCUAAUUAUGUUCCAAUAGGAAGAAGAGGAGUAUUUGGAGGUGUCAUUCUUAAUAUGCAUAUGCAUUGGAAGAAACAUGAAACUGUAAAGGUCAUCUGCAAUUCUUCUUGCAAACCUGGCCAAGUACAAGAGUUUGCUCAGGAAAUUGCCAGAUUGAGUGGUGGGAUCCCUAUACAAAUAAUUGGAGAUGACACUGUCAUAUUUUAUAGAGGGAAGAACUAUGUUCAGCCAAAAGUCACGUCGCCUGUGGAUACAUUGUCCAAAAAGAAGGCACUAGAGAAAUCAAAAUACGAGCAAUCACUCGAGACUGUGAGGCACUUCAUUGCCAUCGCUGAAAAAGAAUUGGAGCUCUACUGCAGGCACAAUGCACUUUAUGGUGAUUCAAACAAUAGGAAUCCCGGGUCUAUCUUGGAUGGUCCAACACGAAAGUACUUGGAGGAAUCUGGGAAACCUGUAAAGCAAAACAGUGAUUUGUCUUGCAAUAGUUUUCCUCCAGGUCUUACAGAAAUAAAAGCAAGUGCCACUUAUGAAGAUUUGUCUGAAGCUGAAGAUAAUUCCGAAGUUGAAGACUUAUCCCUAAGCGAAUCAGAUUCUGAAGAUGACCACCUAUCUGAUUUGGAUGAUGAAGAAAGCAGAGAUAGCUCAUCCGCUACUAAAACGAGCUCCUCUGCAAUUUUGGGUUCAUCAUCAAUACUGUAGAAUGAUAACUGAUAAUCAAGGUUGUGUAAAAGAAAUAACUUUUUGUAUAAAAUCAAACUUAGUUUCCAAA